AAUGACGCAACUUACACAACAAUUAAAACCGUGGCUUCCUCAGGGAUUUUAUAUUUUGUAACAUUGUAAUAUUAUGAAAAAUAUUUUUAAUUGCACAUUUAAUUUUUCAAAAAGGGCACAGCAGAAGAAGAACUUUGUUUGACUGACACAUAACCUCAAAUCUUUUUGUUGACAUGUGUGGUGUUACCUUUUUCAACGUUUAUUUAAGCUGUGUUUAUUAAUUAAUUGAGUCAAACUAAAGUAAAACAGACCUAAUAAAAUGGAGAACGUUAGCAGACAUUUGGAGGGAAUGUAUGAUGAAUUCUCCGAAAUGGAAAGGUUACAAUUGUUUGACCAAAGUGAAAUAAACAAAAUAAAGAGAUUCCGAAAGGAGUUCGAAUAUAAAGUGAAUGGUGUGAACAAAAAUCUGGUGGACUUUAAAGCGUACAUUAAACAUGAGAGGGAUCUAAUGAAACAAAUCAAACUGAGGCGAGACAAGAAACAAAUAGCUGAAAGAAAAGGUAACCUGGACGCCAAAGUGAUGAAAAGGAUAAGAACUUUGUAUGAAGUGGCCAUACAAAAAUUCCCCAAUGACUACGCCCUCAGUUUGGCUUACUUUAAGUACUGUAAAGUAUCCACCAAUGCAGAAGCGUUGAGGUAUGCCCUCAAUAACUUAAUCAAAAAUCAUUCACACAACUCGGCCACAUGGAUUCUGAUAGCAAAAUACUAUGCAUACGAGAAGAAAAACAUAAAGGAUGCCAUCAGCCACUUGCACAAAGGUCUCAGGAUACACAAGGAGCCCCAGAUGUACCGCACGGCCCUCGAAUUCGAACUGUUUGAGGCCAGAACGAAACGACCUGCUGUGCUGUCUGAACAGGAGCUGGCCAAAGAGAAAAUUUUAAAUCUAAAACUCAAAAACUAUUUGGAAACCAUUUUCCAAGACGUGAACGACUUCAAUUUUUACAUUGAAAUCCUGGACAUGCUCCAAAAGUACCCGUCAACGAAGGACGCCCAGGAUGUAAUUGUACAGAAGUUGCUGCAGAGCCACAGCAAUGAAGACGUUGUGUGGCACGCCUUGGCUCAAAGGGAGUUGAAACAAUUGAACAACAAGGACUCGGACCAGGAGAAGACGUCGUCGAAGCAAAUUCUGGAACAGGGCUUCAAGAAGUACCAGGAAGGUUUGAAAAUCUUGUCUGGGGAGAAAAAGACUGCGCUCUGGCGACGAUAUUUGGACUGUCUCAUGGACUUCCAGAACAACACAAACGUGGCUAGUAAAUUGAAGACCUCAACUUUGCAUCAGGCUUUGGAGGACGCUUGUGAGGAGGACAUCUUGGACAAUCGGCACUAUAUCAUGUGGAUUGAAUUACUUGACAACAAAAUGGACGAGGCGGUGAACGAAAAUCAGAGGCAACAAAUUCAGGAGGAGAUCAUUGAUGUGCUGGAAAAAGGUCUGGAAGCAAUCCCAGACUCAGUGGAGCUGUGGAAGUUGCGCAUGAAAGCUGCAGUCAUGACAGAUAUUGAGAAGGAAGUGAAUGAAACUAUGAAACGUGGAAUCCAAGCCUUAAAAGACAAAUCAUUACCAAUUUGGCUCAUGGCUUUAAGGUUCCACGUGUUGUCAUCGGACGAGAAGACUAUAGACGAGUUCUAUCAGAGUGCCACGUACGCCCCAAGGGAGGUGUGCAGCGUUUUGAAGCCCCAAUACAUACUUUGGUUGGGUAUGAACAAGCCAGUACAGGAUGUACGUGCCAAAUACAAACUAAUGGCAAAACAAACACCUUACUGCAAGGAACUACAUAACUCCAUGCUCAAGGUAGAGAACAACCAGCUUCAACCAGAUGAAGCUGAAAUUGAAAAGAUUCACAAAAACGCCUGUGAUCAGUUCGGGACUGAAGACGUGGACGUUUGGAUAAAUUACGCACAGUUUUUGAGUAAACACAAACCAAAUGAGGUGUCAAAUCUUUAUCAAAGGGCUGAAUCGAAGCUGGAUAAGUUGUUGUUCUCCGAUUUUCAGGAAAAAUACAUCAGUUUGGAAGAGUAUAACAAGAUUUGCUCUGGAGACCCAGCAAAUGAUUUAUUCAAGGUUUUGAAUGCCGCCUCUAAAAAUAAUAACAGGAUGGAUAAGGAGAUAAAGUUGUUCCCUGACUAUGUGCAGGAAGAGGAUAAAUCGUAAUUAAGUGAUAAUAUUGUUAACAAUUACUUUAAAAAAAAAGAACAAAAAAUACCUAGUA